UGGAUCACUUGUUGCCUCGUGCUCGCGAAGAGAGCAACGAUUUCGGAUCCACGACUAUAGCCCUAGGUUUCCAGCCGGUCGGUCGCGCUAACUGGGCUUGGAGUUUACUGUGACACUUUCUCUGGAAUAGGCGCUCGUUAUUGAAGCGUGUUGCUGGAAAUAAACAAUUUGCUUUGUGGGAUUCUGUAAAUAAUAGCGAGGAAAUGGCAACGCGCUUCUUGGAUGUGCUGAAGCUGACCUUUAAGGUUCUUAGCUUUAAAUAUGAGCAACGAAAGUUGGCCACUGCCAUCUAUUCGGUGGUAAAAACAAAGUUGGGUCCAGUGCGCGGAGUCAAGCGCAACACGAUAUGGGGUGGAAGUUACUUGAGCUUUGAGAAAAUUCCUUUUGCCAAGCCCCCUGUGGGAGACUUGCGAUUCAAGGCCCCGGUGCCAGUGGAGCCAUGGGAUCGGGAACUAGAUUGCACCUCGGCGGCGGAGAAGCCACUGCAGACCCACAUGUUCUUCCGAAAGUUUGCGGGAUCCGAGGACUGCUUGUACCUUAAUGUUUAUACGAAGGAUUUGCAACCUAACAAACUGCGUCCAGUGAUGGUGUGGAUUUAUGGCGGUGGCUUCCAGGUGGGCGAAGCCUCCCGGGAUAUGUAUAGUCCCGAUUUUUUCAUGUCCAAGGAUGUGAUUGUGGUCACAGUGGCUUAUCGAUUGGGAGCCUUGGGCUUCCUGAGCUUGGAUGAUCCGCAGUUGAAUGUUCCUGGUAACGCAGGACUCAAAGAUCAAAUCAUGGGACUUCGUUGGGUGCAGCAAAACAUCGAGGCUUUUGGCGGGGAUCCCAACAAUGUUACAUUGUUUGGCGAAAGUGCCGGAGGAGCUUCGACGCAUUUUUUAACACUGAGUCCCCAGACCGAGGGAUUGAUUCACAAGGCAAUAGUGAUGUCCGGUAGCGUAUUGUGUCCUUGGACGCAUCCUCCUCGGAAUGAUUGGGCGUACCGACUGGCCCAAAAACUGGGAUACACUGGCGACAAUAAGGACAAACAGAUUUUUGAUUUUCUGAAGCCAAUAAACGGGGGGGAGAUUGUCAAAGCGUCUGCUACAGUGCUCACCAAGGACGAAAAACACCAUCGUGUCCUCUUUGCCUUUGGCCCAGUUGUGGAACCGUAUAAAACGGAGCACACUGUAAUUGACAAGUUGCCCUACGAGAUGAUGAAUAAUAGUUGGAGCAACCGGGUGCCCAUGAUGUUUGGUGGCACCAGCUUCGAGGGUUUGCUAUUUUAUCCUGAGGUUUCUCGUCGUCCUGCCACUUUGGAUGAGGUGGGCAACUGCAAAAACCUGUUACCGAAGGAUUUGAGCACCAAUUUGGAUCCAAAGCUGCGAGAAAACUACGGCCUGCAAUUAAAAAAGGCUUAUUUUGGCGAUGAACCCUGCAACCAGGCCAACAUGAUGAAGUUCCUGGAACUGUGCUCCUACCGGGAGUUCUGGCACCCUAUUUACCGCGCUGCAUUGGCUCGAUUCCGCCAGUCGAGUGCCCCCACAUACUUGUACCGCUUCGAUCACGAUUCCAAGCUUUGUAAUGCUAUCAGGAUAGUGCUCUGCGGCCAUCAGAUGCGCGGCGUUUGUCAUGGAGACGAUCUGUGCUACAUAUUCCACAGUAUGCUGUCCCAUCAAUCAGCUCCAGAUUCUCCGGAGCACAAGGUAAUCACAGGGAUGAUCGACGUUUGGACGAGUUUCGCAACUAAUAGCGAUCCCAACUGCGAAACUCUAAAAUCACUCAAAUUCGCCCCGAUCGAAAAUGAAACGGACAUCAAAUGCCUCAACAUUGGCGAGCAGUUUGAAUUUAAAACCCUUCCGGAGCUGCAGAAAAUCGAGUCUGUAUGGAACAGUUUUUACGCCCAAAAUAAACUGUAGGUGCCGUGCAUGAAAAAAGGGGUUUUCCAGCUUUAGUUGCCUUAAAAGGAUUGGGUUUAUUUUUAAAUGUGUAAAUAAGCUGUAAAUAUGUUGUGGUUAAUAAUAAGUUUCUUAUGCUAUUUCUUGAAUGUGCACAUUCCUAAUUAAGUCGCAAUAUAAGGUUAAUUCGGAUAAAACAAAAAUAAAACUGUAUUUAUUUUAAAACGUUAAAGGCACUCUAUUUUCGCACAUACUUAAAAUUUAUUGAAACAUUCGCCAUUUUCGAAUAAAGUGUUACUCAAUUUUAGUCUAA